AUGUCGGAAAAUCUUCAAACUUUGACCUCAAAUCUCAGCCGAUCCAUCAUUCCGGAUCAGGUUUUACAAUAGGAAUUUUUUAAACUGUUGUUUUUUUCCAGGUGGUUCUUCGAAUACCCGGCGUGGCCGCGAAAUUGGCCGAAGAUUCCGAAGAAUAUGUUCCCGGCGCAAUUUCCAUUGUUGAAAAGGUUUUUCACAUAUUUCUGUGUAUUUUUUUAGGAAAACUUGAAGAAGUGUUAGAAGGCGCGGAUGAAAAAGUUAGGUUUUUUGGUAUCGCAGCGAUUUCAAUUUCGCUUCUGAAUAUUUCUAAAAGGCUUACGGUGGAUUUGAUGUAUUGGAAGAAUUUGAACUCCUUGGAUAAUUGGUCAAAACGAAUGAAAGCUUUCAUUAGAUCAGGCAAAAAAAAAAACUGGAAAAUGGAAACAUUGAAUGUUUGUUCAAAAAAAUCGUGAAUUUUGUACGAUUUUAAGUCGAUUGGCGUGUUCAUCGAAUGGGCGCCUUCUGACGAUCCGGACGCCUCCUGGGUUAUGGCGACUGACAACGGAGAGCUCGUGACGGUCUCUUCGAGAAGUCCGACUGCCGGCGUUGAGAGGGUAAAAAAAUUGCUGGAAUAGGAUUUUUUUACUGAUUAUAUUUAAUUUAUUUGUUACUCUGUGGUCAUUUUCUGUUCAUUGCUAGUCAAGUUUUGAAAUAGUUCAAAAUGUAUACUAUUUUUACUUUCGUUGAUUUUGAUAAUAGUGAUAACUUGAGUGAUUCUCGAAUUAUUCACCAGGAAAAUUUCAUUUUUACAAAAUUCAUAAUCAAUCUGAAAUCAAUUUUGUAAUAUUUCAAUUUUAAGCACUCCCCGGACAGCUACUCCAAGUUGGCUUUCUCACUCGAUGUCAACGAUUUGAGCAGCUUCCGCAAUAAUGAACCCAAAAAAGGUUAUUUCUGUAGAUUUAGAAAAAAAAAUCAAUUUAUUUUUUGUCAGGAAAGGGAUGCCCAUCGAUCCGGCUCAUUUGCAAGGACGGAACUAGCUACGUACCGCUCUUCUUCAAAAAAACUCCCCGACUUCUAAUUUUAUCGAUGUCCUUCAAAGGUGAUUAUUUAGAUGAUAUAUUUAGAAAAACUAUUGAAAAUGAGAAUUUUUUUUACCGAAUUAGUCUUUUUUUUAAUCCUUCUUCUCGGGAGAAAUGUGCUAAAAGAUGCCGUUUGGAGAUAAAAUCGUCUAAUUUUCGAAGAACCUUUUUUUCUGUUUUUUUAAAUCGGAAAGUUCUCUUUUAACAAUAUAUACACUUGAAACUUUCAGAUAGAUUUUUUUAAUUUUAGAAGUUUUUUUGGGUAGACCUUGUUUAUUUCGUGGAGUUUGUAAUAAUGCCUUAGGUUCUUUAAACUUUUUUUCAAUAUAGUAAAGUUUCGAUGAAGUCUUCGAAGAAUUUUCCAUAAAGAAACUUACUGUUAGAUUUUUUUCAGAUUUUUUUAAAAAAAUAUUUUUUUGUGUUUCGCUAAACUUUUUCCAUGAGAAAUAACUUGAAAUAAUUUUUUUGAGGUUUGUCUAGAAUGAUAAAUUUAACAAUUGAAAAAAUAUCUAUGCUUUCUUAAUGCGUUAAAAAGUCCUAAAUUAAGAUGAAGAUUUUUCCUCGGAACCGCACACUUUCGAGUGUGUUUGUUGUUUUUUAUUUUCCUGCAGUUUUGAGCUCAAACAAAAAAAGUUUCCGCAAUGACCUUCAAAAUAUUUUUCUUUCCGUGACGUGAGAGCGCGCCAAUUGCGGCAGUUCUUUUUUCCGGUCAACAUUGGCCAACAAAUAGAGAGAAGGGGAAAAGUUUCGUGUUUGUAGAUACAUAACCCUGCGGCGUUCGGCGCGGGAACAAAAUCUCGUGAUGGUCGUCGACCACAAGGCAGAAGCCCUCGCCAAAAGCGUCAGCAUGCUCGACGAGAACGGCGACAUUCUAUCGGUUUAUCCAUUUUUUCUUUUUUUAGAGCUAAGAAAGUAACUUAGAAAAGUUAUUAAAAGAUUCUCAGGCGCUUUCUAAAAAACUUCAGCGAGGAAGGUCAUUUUAAUAUGUGAUUGGGAUUUUUCUAUUUGCCCAGAAAAAUUGAAAAAUAAAAAAAUAAAGAUUUUGAAAGUCUUGUUCAGCACAGCUUUCUAGUUUUUGAGAAAUAAGGUUUCAAAUGCUCCCAAAAUGGCCUGUUUCAACGAGUUUUGGUAGUUUCAGUGUCUUUUUUUGGUGUUUUUAGGAGUGUUCUGGGCGAUUUUCUGAGAAUUCUCAGCCUAAAAGUAAAACUGAAUUCCUUGUUAGAAAGUUAUAACAACAUUCCAAUACGCUUCCUGCUUUGAAAAGAAACUUAAUUUACUCCUUUCUCAAAUCUGUAAUUUUUCCAGCGCUUCAUGCAAAACCCAUACGCUACGGCGAUGACUGGCUUCAGCAAAAUCACGACCUUCGUUCAGGAUCAGGUUUUUUUCUUGGAGUUGUUCUACUUUCAACAUAUUUCUGUUUUAAGGUGAUCCCAACUCUCCUGGAAGACGAUGACGCGGUGAGCCAAGAGGAAAAAAUUCGGGCGAUGAGAGAUUUGAGGAUCAGAGACGAAUGCGAAGAGCAUUUGAGGUACUUGAAAUAUAUUUUUUCGGGGAAAGAAAAAACGAAAGACACAUAGAAGUUUCAUUAUUAGCUAAGAGUAAUCUUAACAAACUUCAACUUAUUUCAGGAUCCAUUCCGAUGCUGGAGGCGAGUUCGAAGUGGUCACUCAACUGGAACUGCCGCCACGUCCCGAAAUUUACCGCGAGACGCCAGUUACUCAGGUUUUUUUUCGAAAAAUAAUUCAAAUUUAUUAAGAAAAAUAUUUCAGCAAGUCUGGGACUCUUUCAAACUGUCCGAUGGGACGAUGGAUUCCCAGAAACUUCACCACCUCAAGAUGAACGUCUUUCGAGGAGGUUUUCCGGAAGUCAUAUCGGCUAACUUUUUCGAAUUGUUACUUUCAGGAAUCGCUCCGGAAUUGAGAAAAGAGGCGUGGAAAAUGCUGCUUGGCUAUCGUCAGUGGACGGAAACCAAUUCAGAGUUUGAGGCGGUCAGUAUUUAUUUCGUUUUUUAUUGAAAUAUUACGUUUAUUUUUGGGCUUUUAACGUCAGCCACAAAACUACAAUAGUGGUCACUAAGAUGUAAAAUAGUAGUUACCUAGGCGAUCUUGAUGGCCGCUUCUAUUUCCCUCCAAGUAUCCCUUGAGGAAUCUCCUAAGUGACCACUAUAGUUUUCACUGCGAGAGUCACUCUUUCCAGUAACAAAAAGUCUUGUAAAGUAGGUAGUUUUUUGAAUUAAGAUCAAAACUCACUGAAGGAUGGCUUCGAAUAUGAGAAAGCAAGCAAAACAAAGAGCAGUACUUCAAUGCUCACUGUGCCGCAAUGAAUUUUUUUCCCACAAAUCCUCUUUCAGAAACGAAUUUCCCUCGCCGCUGAGUACGAACGAAUGAAGGCUCAAUGGAAAUCCAUCACUGAAGAUCAAGAAAGACGUUUCGCCAAGUUCGCUAAACGCAAGGCGCUCGUUGGUUCGUAUUCCUAUGAAAUCUCAAAAAUUUUGUCAAAAAUUAUUAAAUAUUUAACUGUUCAGAGCAGAAAAUCAAAAUUUCAACUUACACUUUCCAGAAAAAGACGUUGCGCGUACCGACCGCACUGUACCGUUUUUCCAAGGCGACGAAAAUCCAAACCUCACCGCCCUGCACAACGUUCUCAUGACCUACGUCAUGUACAAUUUCGACCUCGGUUUGUUUUUUUCAUCAAUGAAAAAAAAAUUAAUGCCGCGUUCAAAGCUAAUUUGAAGCUUAUUUAAAUAAUUCCAAGGGUUUUCUUUAGGGGUGCUGAUAAAUUUUAGGGUAUCUUUUCAAUUCGCUGUUUCUCAAAUCCCUCGACGUUACCAUCUACUUCAUUUUUACGGAUUCAGGGUGAUUUUUUCAUUUUAGGAUAUGUCCAAGGUAUGAGCGAUUUUGCCUCCCCGCUUCUCUACGUUAUGAAAAACGAGGCCGACACAUUCUGGUGCUUUGUUGGGCUGAUGGAGAGAACGGUGGGAGUUCCUUUUUCUUUACGCUUUCUGAACGAUUCUGAGUCCUUUGCUGAUCACUCAAGUAGUGUUUUCAGUGUUCGCUUGAAAGUAAAUAGUCGUUCCGCAAGCUCUCUCUGUAUGAAAUACCUUGAUAAUUACAAUGUUCAGCACCGAAACUUCGAGAAGGAUCAAGCCUACAUCAAGCUGCAGAUGAAUCAACUUCGGGACCUCGUCAUGAUAGUCAACCCCCGGCUUGCUAAUUAUUUAGGUAACUGAAUGGUUCAAAAAUCGAAUUGCAUAACUUCUUCCAGAAAGCCACCAAUCGGACGACAUGUACUUCUGCUUCCGCUGGGUUCUCGUGUGGUUCAAGAGAGAGUUCUCCUUCCUGGACACGUGCAAACUGUGGGAAGUCCUGUGGACUGGGCAACCGUGUCCCAAGUUCCUUCUGCUCGUCUGCGUCGCCAUCCUCGACUCUCAGAUGAACGUCAUCAUCGACAACAAGUUCGGCCUCACCGAGAUUCUCAAGGUACGUUGAAUGAAUUCCAACCAAGUAGAGUGAAGAAAGAGCAAAAAUAUAGAUUUUCCUAUGUACAUAGUCCAACAAAAGAUAACUGCCAAGUCUGGCGCGAGAUAUUUUGUGGCGGUGCAAUGGGGAAAUCGCGAACUGGACGCUCUGUUCACGAGCGCGAUCUCGCAUUUCCUUCGCUCUACAAGAAAAAAUUCAAAAAUGCGAUGUCGCGCCGAAAAAAAAUGCGGAGCGCCGCCUACCAACGUUCAAGACCCGCGCAAGGAAAGAGCAAAAUUUUUGCGAUAUCUCAAAGCCUCCGAUAUUGCGUUUAUCUGUUAUUAUUUUCUUGGGGCCAUUUCGCGCUUGUCUUUUUUUUUAAUUGGCAAAAAGCCCAUAUACCAAAUAAGAUAAAAUUUUACCGCACUUCACUCCAAGACCGUUGUUUUCUUUUGCGGUCAUUUGGCAGUUAUGUACAGAAAAAAUACAAAAAAUCCGUUUUUACGGGAGCGACAUUUCGCUCGUAACACACUUUAUUCCAGCACGUAAACGACCUCUCGAUGCACCUGAAGCUGGAGGAGGUUCUGACAGCCGCCGAAGCGAUUUUCCACCAAUUAUCGGCCAGCCAAGACAAACUCCCCGCCCACAUUUGCGAUUAUCUGAAUAUUGGCGAGGCUGCGACGCCUUGA